AAACCUGUUUUGAUUGGUUGUUAAUGCCACACCUCUACCAAUACGCGAAUCUAUUACUGCAGAUGUUGGCAACUGCUCCAAAAUGGCCGUCGACUACAAGACUGCACAACCAAAAGAAUACUACAGAAAAUUUCUGGAAAAGGAAGUGCGCCCCGAUGGUAGAGAGCUAGCAGAAUUCCGUCCAACUGUUUUGAACAUUGGAAGCGUGUCAACAGCUGAGGGUUCGUCUCUGAUCAAGUUUGGAAACACAACUGUAAUGUGCGGAAUCAAGGCCGAACUUGCUAAUCCUAAAACAGAGGAACCACAAAAGGGAUUUAUUGUUCCCAAUGUGGAGUUGUCUCCACUUUGUUCCCCUCACUUUCGACCAGGUCCUCCGGGGGAACAAGCUCAAGUCAUGAGUCACUUUAUGGCUGAGGUCAUUAAGAAUUCUAAGUGUGUGCAGUUAGAAGAUCUGUGUAUUGUUCCUGGAAAGCUUGUGUGGGUACUUCACGUUGAUAUGAUUUGUCUCAACUAUGAUGGCAAUGUCACCGACGCCUGUGUUUUAGCUUUACUUGCAGCUUUUAAAAAUACUGUCCUCCCAACCGUUGAAGUGAAUGAUGAGACACAGGCAAUAGAAACAAAGUUAGACAAACUGCAGCCCCUCCGUGUUCACUCACACCCAGCGUCAACAACCUUCGCAAUAUUCGAUGACAACAUACUGUUUGUGGAUCCGACUGUUGACGAGGAAUCUCUCGCUACCGGAGUGUUGACAGUUGUUACCGUGGACGACAAACUGUGCAUGGUUCACAAACCAGGUAAAGUUCAUCAAGUCAGGCUUCAUACGGGUCAUAGAAUUUACUAAUGUUCUUUUCCAGGU